AUGGAUCACUUGAUUGGCGACCCGCUUUCCCAGUCUGCGCUCGUCUACGAGAGCUCCAAGGCGGACAAGUCUUUGGAGGAAGCGCCUGCCUUCGAGCGCUAUGAAGAUGGCAGCACUCGGCAGGUCGGCAUGGUCUACGUGUGGAGCCUUGGAGGCCGCAUCCCAGCAGUCCUUUGCGAUCGGGGGCGCUUGGUGUGUCAUUGCGAAGAUCCGGUCCGAGGCUGGGCGGAGUUCGAGCCAGCCUGCCGGCGCGGCCAUCCAUGCCAGCCGCCUGAGGAAGUUGUCGAAGGCGUCAGCGUCGGAUACGAAGAGGACACCGCCAACGACUCCAUGCUCGAAGUGAAGGGUGAUGGUGUGGGAGGCAGCGAGGCUGCGCCGCUAACAAGCUGCGCUCUUGGGCGCUACCCUCUGGGCAGUGCCUUUUGUGAGGACUUCGCAGUCGAGCAGUGCGAGAAGGCUUAUGCCAGAACAAAGAAGGCGCUGACUUGA